CAUAGCAAGCAUGUAGGCUAUAGGGCUUAUACAUUCUCGUUCUAAUUUCAGGUGGAAUAAAGAUGAUAUAUGAUUGGUUUAUUUCCAUCUACUGGCAGUAUAGAUAAAUAUAUUCGAUAAUGGAUUUGAGAAAUUGUGUCCAUAUCCUGACACUCUACUCUGCAAUGUUGACUUUUAAUGUUAUGUCUAUAUAUGAAAGAGAGGUCUUGGAUAGGAUUUUUAAUUCCAGUAAUUACGAUGCCACAGUUGGACCAUAUGCCAUAACAGGAGAACCUACAGUAGUUGCUGUGGAUUUUGAUAUUAUUGCUCUUGGACCUGUAAAUGAUUUAUUAAUGGAAUACAGCACGAGUCUUUAUUUUCGGCAAGAAUGGUAUGAUCCAAGAUUAAAACACUCGGAAUCGGGAAUUAGAACCUCCCAUCGACACCUGUCUUACUUUUGGGUUCCUGAUUUAUUUUUUCCUAGAUCAAAGACAGAAACACGACACGAUGUCACAGAACCCAAUAUGUACAUCAAAAUACACCCUAACGGUAGUGUUAUAUAUAGUCAAAGAUUAUCAUUAACCGUUAGUUGCUUAAUGGAUCUUCGCAAAUUUCCAUUAGAUAAACAAACUUGUUCGCUGAGAAUAGAAAGUUACAGCUACACAACGGAAGAAGUGAGACUUGUUUGGUCAUCAGAACGAAAAUCCAGCACUAUUUUACCGUCAGCAAAUAUUCCAGAUUUUGAAUUAAAUGGCAUUUCAUCUCAUGACUGCACAAGUAAACUUCAAACAGGCGAAUAUCCAUGUCUGUAUGCUACAUUAGAAAUGGAAAGACAGAUUGGGUAUUAUUUAACGCAGACAUAUCUGCCAACUACUCUGAUUGUGGUGCUUUCUUGGGUAUCGUUUUGGAUCGACCCUGACGCCAUUCCUGCUCGGAUAUCAGUAGGUCUUCUGACAGUUCUCACCAUAACGACCCAGAGUUCCGGUGCACGUUCUCAACUACCCAGAGUUCCUUACACCAAGUCUGUUGAUGUCUGGAUGUCCGCGUGUUUAAUAUUUGUUUUUGCUGCAUAUAUCGAGUAUGCUUUUGUGACUGUAUUAUCAAGGAAGUUUCGAAAAUGUUCAAACCGAGCUAGUACUUCCAGCAGCAAGGAGUCAAUUUUGCCCAGACAAGAAUCAGUACAAAAUAUAAACGGAAGAAGGGAAAGAAAACCACCAUUGUUUACAGGACGGGAUAAUGGCCGCAUGGUGGAUAAGACAUCACGUUAUUUCUUUCCGGGAGCCUUUUUAGUUUUUAAUUUAUGCUAUUGGUUGUAUUACAUAGACUUGUAGGACGAUGAGACGAAGCAUGGUUUGUAUUAAUUAAAGAUGCAUUAUGUUAGAAAUGAAAUAUAAUGAAACGGGGUUUAACGUCAUACUAUUCUCCUCCGACUGGGGUAAUGAAGACGGUCAUACGCUAUGAGGGAAAUCAGCGCUACGACCCAUUCUUACAUUGAAUUCCAACUGCCAAGGGUUCUUUUACAUACACACCAAUGUGUACACAUGACCUCGAUUUUUCGUCCCAUUCGAACGACUAUAGGUUAUCUCUUGCCAGGUUCUCCAUCCUACGUCACUGACAAAGGGGAACGACGCCAGAAAAUCCCAAUGAACUUUGGAUUGACACAGGAUCACCAUUUAAUAAUUUAAUUUAAAAAUUGAUUAUCUCCCUUAUUAUCGUAACAAUGGUAGCAACGAAAAUCGAGAUACGCUAUUCUGAUGAAAACUUCCAACGUUGAUAACUUCGCAUUUUCAAUAUAUUCCUUUUUAAAACUAAUAUAGCGAGAACUGUCAACUCUUUAUCUAAAUCUUACAUAAUGCAUCUUUAAUGAGAAACACGAUUUUACAUUUUUUUAAAUUCUGAUCUACUUUACUGCGGCAACAUCAGAAAUUGGUGUCCGAUGUCAACUGAAUAUCGAAAAAUAUCCCCAUUACUUCCUUCAAACGACAAGAGCAUACUUGUCGAAACGGCGUGCUAUAUGUAUGACAUCCAGAAUUUGCAUUCCAUCUAAAUGUUUGUUGUGUUUUAGGUCACGAGUUUAGCUCAAAUAAUGGAACUGGGGUAGAUGCAGGGUCUUAUUUUAUAAGGGGGCAAUUAUAACUCCAGGGUCCAGAUUUACUUAUUAAAAUUUUUUUUUUAAUAAUUAUAAGAUUUAUUAUCAAUUUUUAUUUUAAAUCUAUGCGUGCAUGGGGGUGAGGCAUCAGAUGACUAUGUUACCAUUCAAUAAGGAAUGUGGCGUGGUUGGUUCUGAACACAUGAACAUGACCGAUGUCUAAUUUGUAGCCUUACAGAUGGUCUGUUUUUUUGAAAGCGUUAAAAUUCUACAGAUUAAUUUCCAAACUGAUAAGCAGUAAAUAUUCGCUUGGCCGCUAGAAAGAUCAAUACAAGGACAUAACGAAACAGCUUUACGUUAAAUUAUAGAAUGACGCGAUUGUUUUAACCCAUUUAAUAUCUCGGCCAUCCGAUGGCGUAGAUAUUUGGUUAUGGGCAUUUCUAUGUUGCCCCUCGAGGACAGAUUACACCCGCGCAUGCGCAAAUCUCUGUCUAAUUUUCGUUAAUUGAUUACCGCACUGAUAAUCCGCCUCGUUAUUAAAUGUUUCAUCUGUUCUGUAUAUAUAUUUAAAUAUUUCACUAAUCCAUUCUAUUUUUCGCUAAUCACCUUGUAAAUAUUUUAUUUUGUAUAUAUAUAACAUGUUUGCCACAGCCCUUUGAAAAAAUUGUACCCACGGGUACCGUACGCAAUACGCAUACACAUAUAUAAGGAUUUAUGUCACACAACCAGAAUUCAGGAACACGAACA